CUCUCUCUCUCUCUCUCUUUCUCUCUCUCUCACUCUCUCGUGUCGUGAGCCUAUAAGCUGGCUAGGGCACCUCUCUUGCAACACACCCUGCACUUUUAAAAAGCCAGCGCCUGAGGUUGGAGAGGAGACACUCCGCUGCUCUCCUCUCCUCUCCUCUCCUCUGCUCUCCUCUCCUCUACCUCUGCUCUCCAGUGUAGCAGGAUGCAGGCACCUCAGCGACAGGCCCCCACGACUCAACACCAGCAGCACCACCAGAGCUACCACCAGCAGCAACAGUGCCAGCAACAGCGCCAGCGCCAGUGCCACCGAGGCCAUCACUGCCACCAUCACUCUUACUUCCAGGCCAAACCACUCCUGCUGCACCACCACCACCAUCACCACCACCAACACCACCACCACCAUCGCCUCCUCCCCACUCCCCUCCUCCUCCUCCACCUGCUCCUCUUGCUUCUCCUGCCCGGCGGAGGCAGUUGUACCACGGCUGAGGCCCAAGCGGUCGACUGGGACAGAGAGCCAGAGUUCUGGAAUGCCCAGGCUAGAGGAUCUCUGGAGGCUGCCAUCCGCCUGCGACCCCGUGCUCACCGUGCCAAAAACCUCAUCCUCUUCCUUGGAGAUGGCAUGGGAGUGUCGACGGUGUCUGCUGCCCGCAUCCUGAGGGGUCAGUUGGAGGGUCGCUCAGGAGAGGAGACGGUUCUGGCCAUGGACAGCUUCCCCUACCUCGCCCUGUCCAAGACCUACAGUGUGGACAAGCAGGUGGCGGACAGCGCGAGCACAGCCACAGCCUACCACUGUGGUGUGAAGGCCAACGGCAAGACGCUGGGCCUGAGUGCCAACGCCGUGGCCUACGAGUGCAACACCACCUUUGGCAACGAGGUCUACUCUGUCCUACACCGCGCCAAAGCACAAGGAAAGUCGGUGGGUAUCGUGACCACCACGCGUGUCCAGCACGCCUCUCCGGCCGCCGCCUAUGCCCACUCGGUGAGCCGCAGCUGGUACAGCGAUGCAGACAUGCCCUCUAGUGCCCGCCGGCAAGGCUGCGUCGACAUCGCCACCCAGCUGGUCACCAACACCGACAUCGAUGUCAUUCUCGGUGGAGGUCGCAUGUACAUGUCACCGAAGGGCACCCCAGAUCCUGAGUACCCUACGUCAAACUCAAGGAAGGGGGAUCGCAAAGACAAGAAGAACCUCAUCAACAUGUGGCUUAAUGCCCGCAAGGGAAAGAAUGCCCAGUAUGUCUGGCACAAGGAUCAGUUUGAUGCGGUGGAUGUAAAAACCACAGACUGCCUCAUGGGUCUCUUCGAGGCCAAGGAUAUGAGGUUUGAGGUGUUCCGCAAUCGAACCCGGGACCCAUCCAUUGUGGACAUGACGGAGAAGGCCAUUCAGAUCCUGAGCAAAAACCCUAAAGGCUUCUUCCUCUUUGUGGAAGGAGGGAGAAUUGAUCACGGACACCACGAUGGAGUCGCCAAGCUGGCGCUGACGGAGACGGUGAUGUUUGACCGGGCUGUGCACCGCGCCUCGCAGCUGACGGACGAGUCUGAGACGCUCACCGUGGUCACUGCAGACCACUCCCACGUCUUCACCUUCGGAGGAAACACCCCGCGGGGGAAUCCCAUUUUUGGUCUUGCACCAAGGAAGGCAGAGGACCGAUUGCCUUACACCAGUAUUCUCUAUGCAAAUGGCCCAGGAUACCUGCAUGUGAACGGCUCAAGAGGAAAUGUCACAGCUGUGGACUACUUUGAUGAAGAGUACAUGCAGCAGUCCGCCGUCCCACUGGAUGCAGAGACGCAUGGAGGAGAGGACGUGGCCAUCUAUGCCAAAGGCCCCAUGGCCCACCUCUUCCACGGGGUCAAGGAGCAGCACUACAUUGCUCACGCCAUGGCCUACGCCGCCUGCCUGGAGCCCUACACUGACUGCCCACCACCUCUUCCACAUCAGACAUCAUCAGGAGCUCCCUCACACACUGCCUCAGGAAUGUCCCUAUGUCUCACUCUGCUCAUCUGCCUCCUGUCAAGGUGAUUGUGGAUCGGAUAAUCUUUGCCUCAGAGGGGGAAGUGCCUUAAGUGAUGCAGUGGGGUUAGUUGUCAGUGUUUUUUGGGUGAUUUUUUUCUGUUCUUGUUUAUCUGGAUGUCAGUUUUCGUUUUUUACAGCUUUGGAAAUAGUCCUGUUAAACAGGAAAUGUGUCAUUAUUCUUCACAAAGAAGGACAUUUCUUCAUUUUACAGUGUGUUUUUCAGCAUGUGUUGCAAGGAUACACAGUAAAAAUGCAGUGUUAAUUCAACACCUAGAGAGUACUCUGGGACCAAAUACAAGCUAGAAGAUAUUAAAUUCACUCUCUAAGUGUUGAAUGCACACACUGCCUUUUUUUAUUGUGUACUACCUUUGACCUUGAGCAUUGGGCGUAGCAAGCCAGUACGUAAAAUCUGCACUUUACAGUCUAUUAAGGUUGGAUAACGACCUUGCUCAACAGGACACCAGUAAUGUACUGAAGGCAGUGUGCAUUUUUGUAUUAUAAAAUGAAUGUAUUUUAUACUGUUUUUUGUAUUAUUCAUUUGUAGUACCAAAGAUUUAAAUAAUUAUUUUUAAUAAAAUACAAAAAUACCACACAACUCUAGUCAUCCAGAUGCUAUUGUCUUUCUUGUGGCAGCCUUUGCUUGAUGUUUUAGCAAAUGCAAGACAUUUGAGGGAAAUGAUACUAUAUCUGUCACAGACAAGUCUGAAUGGAUGUCACUGUCUUUUAAUGUGGGGUACCGUACAACUGACAUUUGACUAAAACAUACCUUAGGUUUCUUUCCAAAAUUUUUUUUACAGAGUCCUGUUGUGAGCCACAGUGAUUGCAGAAUUAACGAUCAAAGAAAAUACUGGAGAAAAAAACAAAACAAAACAAGACUGAAACAAUAAUGUCAGCAAGACUAAAAAUACCUAAUGGAAAAAUGUAAUAACUCACUUUCUUGUGAAUGUCCCCACAAGAAAUGAUGGAACAUGAUCUGAUCAAAUGACUAAAACAGAUUUAUGAUAACUGCAGUCUUGUGUAGUUAUAGGCCGUGCGCCACAACACCAACACCCCCUUUAGGCCCUAAUCACCCCCGACUUCUUCAUUCAUUACUCAGUUCUGGUCUGCAAGGAGCCCCUGCCGAAUGUUGGUCCAGCUGGGAAAGACAUCAUGCGACACUGAACGGCAAAAUGAGCUUAGUCAAAGCUCCACAGAGUGCUGUACAAAACUUUGACUGUAGAUCAAUUACAAAAUGGGCUGAAGGUUGUGUGAAGACUGAAUGGGCAUUUAGCCAACACUACUUUACACGUUUGUUGGUGCAGCAUCUUUGGAAGUCAAUGUUAAAAUAAGCUACAAUAGAAUAAUACUGAACAGACACGUAGCUGAAGUAUGUUGACUGAUAAGAGUUCAAUUAAGACAUGGGAUGUGUGCUGAUAAUGUGAUUAGAUAAGGACUGAUAAUAUAGAUAUGACAAUGUUGAGGUCAAGGCAUUUACCAUAGUACAUACCAGCCUACUAUAGCCUAAUGUAGAGGCCAUACCAAAUCAAAAUCAUGUCUACAACCUUUUUCCUAGCGCUAACUUGCUUGACAAGUCAGACUAUGGAAUCCAAAUCAAAAGCAGUCUGGGUUCUGUCCCUAUAGGCAAAGCUGAAGCAUGUAGGUUGAUGGUCAAACUGAUUGUGCUCUGUGCUAUCUGCUACACCAUUUCCACCAUCAUGCAGCUGCAUCGUUAUCGUGAUAAGCCCACACCAAUGACCUGACUCCAAAACACACUAUACAGAUAGAACGUUGUGAUUGGUCCAAUAGAGCCAGGGUGGAACCAGGAUUAGUCCCUAUUUAAGACAAAUCGGCAAAAAAGACCACCUACCCUAAAUUGCCAUAUGUCAGGGUUUUGAAGCACAUUUUCUCCAAAGUUUUACAGUAAAAUGUGUUACUCUGUCUGGUUGUACAAUUUGACUCAUUACCAGUAAAAAUGAACAUUUGGAUCAGCACUUCACUUCAAAGUGCUUGCAUAUGCAAUUUUUCCUGACCUAAAUGCAAUGUGUCAGGUUUUUGAAGGAGCUUUUCUACAGAAUUCUACAAUAAAAUCUCUUAGUUCUUUGUCAGGCACUAGCCACUGGAACUGUUAGCAUGCCCAUUACCAGUAAUAAUGAAUCCGUAUUUCUAAUCGAUGAAUGGUGGAUCAGCACUUCACUCCAAAUUGCUUGUAUACAAUUUUGCCUGGCCUAAAAAGCGAUAUGUCAGGUUUUGGGUGGCUUUUUUUGGGGCUGAGAUGUUUACUCAUCGAGUGUACAUCUACACUUCAGAAACUUGUAUUCAUGCAGUAAGACACUAGCCAGGCUAUGCCCUCCAAAUGACGCAACUCCUUCGGCGUUGCAAAAUUAGUCAGGAAAAGAGCAAGGCAAGUAUUUUCUGAGCUCCGGAGGACUGUGGAACUCCACCCACUUUGUCAGGAACCAAUUUACUUUGAGCAGUUCCAACGGCCCUGGGCAGAGGUGUGUUCAAAGCAGGGACGUGGUUUAAGCAGAGACAUUGUAUUGGGACUAAGAAAAUGUUUGGAUCGGCACUACCUUUUCUGGCCUCGACCAGUCACAAACCAAGGGAGGUGAGUGAAUCAUGCCGUUUGAGAAAUGUUAAUUGUUGUGCUCUAGGUCAGAGAGAUUCGAAAGUCGAUGAUAAUCAGGCUAGUCAGACACAGCCCCUGAUAUACGUUUGUUGUUAUACUGUUAUGUAUAUGUGAUGUGACUGUAAUGUCAAUGACCAAAUUGCAAUGUAUUAUUUUAGACUCUGUGUAAUGCCAUAGUAGUUUAUUACUAUGUGAAUAUAGGAAGGCGUUCCACAGGCUGAAGACGUUCCACUGGCAUUAUGAGGCUACAUCCAUAUAACUUCAAUGGCCAUUUUCUGUCCUUGUCCCUGGACACGAAGAAUCAUUGACAGGCCCAAAAAGGCUCAAGUGUGUUAUGUACACUCACUGUACAGUCCAACAUCUACACGUACAGCCAAGGAA